AUGAACAAGAAAGACCUCGAUGUUGGUACCGGCCUUGUUGGUGCACCAGCUUGUGGCGAUGUGAUGAAGCUUCAAAUCCGUGUCGACUCUGCGACAAACACGAUAUCCGAUGUAAAGUUUAAGACUUUCGGUUGCGGCUCCGCCAUUGCUUCCAGCAGCUACCUCACCGAGCUCGUCCGUGGUAUGACUCUUGAAGAUGCUGGACGUAUUAAGAAUACCGAGAUUGCAAAAGAGCUUUGCUUGCCUCCAGUCAAACUUCACUGCUCCAUGCUCGCUGAAGAUGCGAUCAAAUCCGCAAUCAAGGAUUACCAGAGCAAGACAAAAAGGCCGGCACCUACACUCGGACCAGAUGUGAUGAGAUCUUUGGGCAAGGAGACUUCUGCGCCGACGGCCGCAUAG